AUGGCGGCAUCCGUCACUGCUCGAGGCAACAUAGAAUGGGGUCUAUCGGAUGAGGGUAAUCUCGCGUAUCACGAAAUACACGAAGCGUCGGCGUUCCCCUUGAUAAAGAAAGAGGAAUUGGCCCUGGCGAGGGUCUCGCAGGGGGAGGAGAUUGAGGCGGUGAGGGUGUACGACCUGAAAGGAGACUCCACCAGCGUGAUACAGAAGGGCGGACUGGGCGAGAACUACGUGGUAGUUGCCUUAGAAAGCGCCCGCGGAGAGGGUUAUAGGUCGCGAAAAUAUCUGGAGGAAGGUAACUCCACGGAAACGAAUCUCAUCUACUAUGACAUCCACGACAAAAUAGGGAUACCGCUAAUGAAGCGUGACGAGGACAUAGAGGUGGGGACACUUGGGGACGAGACGAUCAGAGCUGUGAUCAUUCACGACAUCUCGAUCAAGGGCUCCGGCGAGAUGUCCAUCGACCGUUCCGGCCUCUACCGCGACCGACUCAAGAUCCACCUGACGGCCCCAGUGGGCGACGGCUACAAGUUCCUCGUCAAAGUUAUCGACGGCAUAACUCCUAAGAUGGCGUUAAAAUUCCUGCUUGGUACAAUUCUUUUGGUUUACCUGUCGGCUCCAGUGGUGGGGAACGGCGACCUGACGGUCGGCAACCCUCACGGCAAACGGCUGCUCCAUCACGAGAUCUAUCGCAGGAAGGCGGUGCCAUUUAUAAAGAGGGUGGAAGAGGUGGAAUUCACCGCGCCUGCGAACGCUACAAUCCAGGCGGUGGUGGUAAAAGACCUGAAGGGCAACGGGGAGAGCUACAUCCAGCGCGGCGCAGUCGGUAUGAAGGGUGUCACG